AUGACGGAUCUACCCAAUCCCGGUCAAAUUUAUGCCACCUCUUAUCCGAACACCGGAUCGGUGAAUGUGCAACCGGUGGGAACCGGUACAGAUUUGUCCCAUAUGGUUACACAUCCGGCUCAACUCGGCCCCGUUCCCAUGUAUCGUACUGCCGUUCCUCAGGCUACUCUUGGACCGAUUCCUGUUAGCAUGUGUCAACCCGGACAGAGUGGACCGGGUAUGCCAAAUACAAUGGUCACAAUGGUACCUAACCCGGGAAUUGUGAACACGGGGCAAAUGCGAUUUGCCGGACAAAUGAUUCCCCAGACUAUUCAAUCCACGAAUCCAACUUCUCUAGGAUUCAAGCGACUUCUUACCGAAAUGAGUAAGUUCGUUCAAAGAAUAGAUAGCAAUGAGUAA